AUGGUUCUCUCGAACAGAGCCGCGGCGAAAGCGCAAGCGGAGUGGGUCUUAGUCGGCGGGAAGGAGUCAAAGAGCGUCGAGCGCGGGUGGAUCAUCGUCCCGGACAAGUCGAAGGACAGGAAGUCGGGGCCCAUCGUCGAGGAGCCCGAGCGCGCGGAUAAGGUGCUCGCGAGCCACGGAUACUGCAAGCGAUCGGAAGCGAAGGCGUGGAUCCGCCACGGCAGGGUCACGUUCGAGGGCGACGUCGUGAAAACGUGCGACGCGAAGGUCGUCGUCCGCUUGUACGACGGCGUGUGCGUCGACGGCAAGCCCGUGCCGUUGACGAAGAAGGAGUCGUCGGCGAAAGAGAACGACGAGAACGACGCGCCGUCUGCGGAGUGA